UCACACUCUCACCCACUGCACAAACAUUGGCUCUCACACUUACCAGAUCACAAUGGGAGAACAUAAUCUUCUACGUCUGGCUGCCAUAGUGGUUUCUGUGGUUGGCUUUGUAAUAAGCUUAGUGUUCAAUGCGCUGUCAGCACUGGGAAUUGGUCCUUAUUUAACCACUACAUCCAAUGUGUCUGCUAAGUUUGACACUGAGAUCACACCUUCAGGCUGGACCUUUAGCAUCUGGUCCGUCAUCUACAUCUGGCUGUCAGCCAUGAUCAUUUACAUUCUUGUGGGACUUUGCAGAAGGAAUAGUUAUGGCUAUGUUUAUUGCAGCCCUGCAGUAUUGCCCUAUGGAUUCUUCAUUAGCUGGUGCCUCAAUCUGUGUUUCAAUAUUGGCUGGCUGAUUGUUUGGGACCAAGGAGAAAUGAUUGCUGCAUUCAUUUUUCUCAUUCUGAUCAUCUGCACAAACUACUCUGCGGUUUGCUUCAUCUGCCACGGGCUUCAUAUUUAUGGACCAUGGCUCAAUAAAUACCACAAAACAGACCUGUGGUUACUGCGUGUGCUGGUUCAAAAUGGUGUGAUGAUAUACACAACAUGGACAACCAUUGCAACACUGAUCAACCUGACCAUUGUGUUGAUUUAUGAUGUGAAGAUGUCCCCAACAGAUGCAGCCACCAUCUCCUACUCUGUUUUAGGUCUAUUGUUGCUUGUGUGGUUUAUCCUUGAAAACUUGGUCCUUGACAGACAUGUGCGCUACAUCCUCAUCAUUUACCCUGUAGUGAUCUGGGCCCUGUCUGGAAAUCUAGACAAAAACUAUAACUUUAACUCUGCCAAUCGCAACGGCAUCCUCAUUGCUGUGCUGUUGGCUUCAUCCUGUGUGCUGUUUGUCGUGAGGAUUGCUUUAGUGAUCUGGAGACAUAUAAAACAACCGCUCUAUGAAGACGUCAGUCCUGAAACUAUGGAACCGAUGGACAUUGCAGAGAAGCAGAAAAAGAUAUUUCACUAAAAAUUCUUCAGAACCUGUUAUGGCACAACAAAAGUGAUGGAUGAUGUCACAUAAUAUAGAUGUACAGCAUUAUUUUUAAUCAUAGGGACAAAUAUUCACUUUUGUAUGAUGGUAUGAAUUGUUUAGUUUGGGUUUUUAAAACACACUCCUGUAGUUUGUAUAGUUUUAUUGAAUAUAUAAUCGCAUUGUUAUUAUUGUUAUUCUACAGUAACUUUAUAUUUCUCAUUCUGUUGUAUUGUUUUCUUUUUUGCUUUUGUAUGAGCUGUUUAAUUGUGAUCCAGCAGAUGAAUGAACAACGUGUUUCUACAGCAAAAGUCUGUAAAAAAAAAAGCCUGGACAAUUUCAUUAUCAAGAUAUUGUUGAAAAAAGGUGUUGA